GUCAAUUUUCCUCGACAUCGCUCAUUAUUAUUAUUUUUUUUGUUUUUGUUUCCUCAUUCCAUUCCCUCCAUUCUUUUCAUACACAACAUAGUCCUUAUACCAAUGAUGACUCUGGCUAAUCAACUUCGCGUUCUCACAGUUGGCACAGGUGCUAUCGGCGCAUUUUAUAGCUGGCGUCUCCAGCAAUCAGGCGGCUGUGUCGUUACUACCGUCUGUAGAUCUAAUUACGAGGUUAUUAAGGUAAAAGGGAUCAAGAUUCAAACCGCUGCUUGGGACGAAGGCCCUCAUAUCUUCAGACCCGACCAUGUGGUCAAUACUGUGCCUUGUGAGACGUUUGACUUUAUCAUGGUAUGUAUGAAGGCUUUGCCUCAAGUGUACAACAUUGCCGACAUCAUCGCCCCUGCUGUCAAUGCGUCUCCCAACGCUGCCAUUGUCCUGAUUCAGAAUGGCAUUGGAAUUGAAGACCCAAUCAAAGCACGGUUCCCUCGUAACCCUAUUUUAUCGACUAUUGCCUACAUUGGAGUCACACAAAAUGAAGCUGGUGUUGUUUUUCACUCGGGACACCUUCGGGAUUUGAUCAUUGGCCUGUUCGAGCCUGUCAAAGGUGUUGAUGCCAAAAGCGUUCUCCAGAUCUUUGGUCAGCUCUGUGAAAAGGCAGAUAUUGGUACAACUAUCACGGACGAGAUUCAAUCCUACCGUUGGCGAAAGCUCGUCUGGAGCGUCUCUAUGAAUCUUAUUUCCAUCCUCUCGGAACUCAGGACUGUAUCCAACGUCCUUGCAAGUGAGAAGUACAAACAGUUAUUAGUGACAGUCAUGGAAGAAGUCGUCGCUUUAGGCUCGGCCUUGGGUUAUGACGUACCUCCUACGUUGGUAGGCCAGAGCAUAGCUACAAGUGAAAGUUUGUUUGAAGGAUAUAAGGCCAGUUUGGUAGUGGAUUUUGAGGAAGGACGGCCAAUGGAAACCGAAGUCAUCUUUUCGAACCCAAUCAAGAUAGCAGAGAAACAUCAACUUACACAUCUAAUCCCAACUUGGUACCGAAUGCAUAAGGAGCUUUUCGAAUACUUGGCAAAGCAUCAAGCUGAAAGGAAAUAAGCAUGGAUACAAGCAAACAAGC